UUUUAGUAGUGAAGAUGAGGAAGCUUGCGUUUCUACUUGCCUCUGUCACGAUUACUUAUGCCUGUUCGUGCAAUGGGUUCCAAUCAUUGGAAAAAGCAUUUUGCAAAGUAGAUUUCGUGAGCCAUGCGAAAGUCGUUUCCAAAUUUACAGAAAGUGGACGGGAAUUCCAGUAUGAAAUAGAACAUAUGGAAGUCUUUAAGAUGCCUGAGCGACUGUCUGAGCUUCCCACAAAAUUUACAUCUUUUUCACAACCUGAGCGCUGUGGACUCGAACUUGAACUCGGCCAGGAAUAUCUUUUGUCAGGACUCAUUUAUGAAGAUGGCAUGAGCGGUCAUUUAAUUCAUUGUCCUGCAAUAGGUGGCCUUCUGAGAAAAUGGGAUCGAGUUUCGGAGGAAGAUAUAGAUGCACUGCAUGCACUGCGCACCUACACAUGCGAAAAAAACUACAAGAUAUCCUGCCGACGAGGUUCUGCGCAACACACAGCAGUAAAAAUGAAGAGAUUUGCGUUUUUACUCCUCUCCAUCACAACUAUUUAUGCCGAUGAGGGUAUUUGCCCUGAGUUUGCGUCACGGAAGGACGCAUUUUGCGAAUAUGAUUGGGUGUCUCAUGUGAAGGUCACAAGGAAAGUUCUUGAUGCAGAUCCAGACAUUUAUACUCUAGAACAUAUCGAAACGUUUAGGAAAAAGGAAGGUGAGCCUCCACAAACAGUUUUAUCUAGAAUGCCUUCGGAUGGACGCGGUGGAAUCGUACUUGAAGUCGGGGAAGAGUAUCUCUUGGCAGGAUACCAGACGGGGAGCCCUUCGCCCUUUAUUGCAGAUUGUCCUAAAGCAAAUCGCCUUUCGACAAAAUGGGAUGACCUUCUGGAGAGCGAGAUAGAAGCGCUGCGUACCUACACAUGCCCAGAAUCCACAUAAGAUUAUUCUGGACAUGUAUCGCUUGGUUACGCGAUUUCUCUAGAAGAUGUGACCAGCCCUUAUUCUCAUAACUCGUAUCUAUUCUAUUUCGCAAAGCUUGUUUCCUUUUCGUUGAAUGGCUAACAUACAUUUUAUACCAUAGUUAUUGCUCUCAGAUUACCAUCGACGAGCAGCUUGAAUUUCAAAAAGUCGUGUGAUUCCUUGAAUAUAAUUACCAGGGUAGAAUAAAAAUUUU